GAUUGUGGUAAAGGUUUCAGUCAGAAUUCCAACCUGGUAACACACCAGAGGACUCACACAGGAGAGAAACCCUUUGAAUGUCCUGAUUGUGGUAAAGGUUUCAGGACCAAUUCCAACCUGGUAACACACCAGAGGACUCACACAGGAUACCAAUUCCAGCCUGGUUUCAUUGACUAUUCCAGCCUGGUAAGACACCAGAGGACUCACACAGAGAAACCCUUUGAAUGUCCUGUUUGUGGUAAAGAUUUCAAUAAGAAUUCCGACCUGAAAGGUUUCAGUCAGAAUUCCAACCUGGUAACACACCAGAGGACUCACACAGGAGAGAAACCUUUUGAAUGUCCUUAUUGUGGUAAAGGUUUCUGUGACAGUUCUAGCCUUGUGAAACACCAGAGGAAACCCUUUGAAUGUCCUGUUUGUGGUAAAGAUUUCAAUAAGAAUUCCGACCUG